UCGAUACUUCACUUGGUCACAUUGUUGACUUGUCUUAACAAUUCUUUAAUUAAUUUAGUCAAAAUGGUCCGAAAAUUAAAGUAUCACGAACAAAAAUUAUUAAAGAAGGUCGAUUUUAUUUCAUGGAAAGCUGAUAAUAAUUUACACGAAGUGAAAAUCUUGAAACGUUAUCGUAUUCAAAAGCGUAGUGAUUACACGACAUAUAAUCAAUUAGCACGUGAAAUUCGCGAAGUUGGUAAAAAAAUUAAAGAAAUUGAUCAAGAUCAUCCUUUUCGUUCCGAACAAAGUGCUAUAUUACUUGAAAAAUUAUACAUGAUGGGCCUAAUUCCUACAAAAUGGGACUUAUCACUAUGUCAGAAAGUAAAUGCCAGUUCGUUUUGUCGACGACGAUUACCAGUUUUAAUGGUUCGAAAUAAAAUGAGUGAAAAUUUAAAAAUGGCAGUACAAUUAAUUGAACAAGGACAUGUACGAGUUGGUGCUGAAGUAGUUAAGGAUCCAGCAUUUCUUGUAACGAGAAAUUUGGAGGACUUUGUAACAUGGGUCGAUACAUCAGCAAUUAAGAAACAUAUAAUGGCAUAUAAUAAUGCUAGAGACGAUUUCGAUGCCAUGUAAUAAUUCAAAAGAUUCUUAAGAAACUAAUAGGAUUAAUAUUGUAUAUAAAAGUUGUUUUUAUACGUGAAGUAAGUUAGAAGUAAUUUCUAAUUUUUUAAAAUAAAAAAAUUAAUUUACAGAUAA